UUGAGCGGUGAAAAUCGAGGGGUGAAGGGGCGUUUACGUCUUUUUUCCUCUCGAUUUUUACCGAGCUGCAAGAAAAACAGGACCAUCAUAGUCCAUGCCCAUCUUUUUUCCUACAUGGGCGAGGCUCCAGGCGUACCGACAGAUUUUGUUGUGACUGUUUGUUUUGCAUGA